AUGAACGAAGAUAUAGAUAAUUUAUUUGAUAGUGAAAUAUUAGAGAAUGAAACUAAAUUAAAUAUUGUCAAUAAAGUUGAUGAGCAAGUAAAGACAUGUAUUUAUGAUGAGUUUGUGUUGAAUAAUACGAAGCAUGAGGUUAUAACACCAAUUACACUUAAGAACUAUAAAACAAUACCUAGAGAACCAAAAGUAACUGCCAAAGAAUACAAGUUUGCACUAGAUACAUUUCAGGCAUUAGCAAUAUCUGCUAUUGAGAAUGAUAGGAGUGUUUUAGUCAGUGCUCAUACAUCAUGUGGUAAGACUGUAGUUGCAGAGUAUGCUAUUGCACAAUCAAUAAAUGAUAAACAAAGGGUAAUUUAUACUUCACCUAUUAAAGCAUUGAGUAACCAAAAGUUUAGAGAGUUACAGGAAGAGUUUGGAGAUGUAGGUUUAAUGACAGGAGAUGUUACACUAAAUCCAGAUGCCACAUGUUUAGUAAUGACAACGGAAAUAUUGAGAAAUAUGCUUUAUAAAGGAUCAGAACUUACUAGAGAAAUACACUGGAUAAUAUUUGAUGAGAUUCAUUAUCUUAAAGAUAAAGAAAGAGGUGUUGUUUGGGAGGAAACAUUAAUAUUAGCACCUAAACAUGCUAGAAUGAUAUUUUUAUCAGCCACGAUACCAAAUGCUAGAGAAUUUGGAGAAUGGAUAGCAACUAUAUGUGAACAAAUAGUUCAUAUUAUUUAUACAGAAAAAAGAGUCAUUCCUUUGGUUCAUUACUUCUACUCAGCCGAUGAUCAGUUAAGGGAGAUUAAAAGUAUUAGUGGUAAGUUUAAUUCAGAUGAGUUUAUGGCUUCACAAAAUAAAACAAUAUUUAAGAAACACAUUGCCAAAUGUAUAAAUUCGCUGUUAGAGAUGAUUAAUGUACCAUGUGUUAUAUUUGUAUUUAUAAGAAAAAGAGUUGAAGAAUUAGCUUUUCUUAUUGAAAAAGAUUUUCUUAAUGAAGAAGAAAAGUCAGCUGUUAGAACAAUAUUUCAUAAUGCUAUUAGUUCAUUAAAUGAAGCUGAUAGAAAUUUAAAAGGCAUACAGAUGUAUUUACCACUUUUUGAAAGAGGUAUCGGUGUACAUCAUUCUGGAUUGUUGCCGAUAAUUAAAGAAAUAUCUGAACUUCUAUUUCAAGAGUCGUUGAUAAAAGUUUUAUUUGCAACGGAAACAUUUAGUAUUGGACUUAAUAUGCCAGCAAAAACCGUUGUAUUUGCAACACUAAAAAAAUUUGAUGGAAAGAAUGAAAGAAUAUUAACAAGUGGUGAAUAUACACAAAUGAGCGGUAGAGCAGGGAGAAGAGGAUUAGAUGAAGAGGGAACAGUAAUAUCACUAGUAACAGAUAAUUUAGCAAGUAAAUCAAUUGUUGAAAUGUUAAAUAAAGGAAGUGAUAAAUUAACAAGUUCAUUUAGAUUAACCUACAAUAUGAUACUUAAUCUUAUGAGAGUUGAAGAAUUAGAUCCUUUGUAUAUGCUUAGUAGAAGUUUUUAUCAUUUUCAGGCAUAUAAAAAUUGUUUAGAAAUACAAGAGUCAUUAGAAGAACCAUUAAAUGAGUCCUCUUAUACACCUGAAAUGUUAAAUCUGAAUAGUUUAUUAAAAAAGAGGGAAGAAUUAAUUAGUUUAAGAUGUAAAGAAAUAUCACAAACACUUGAUGAUUAUAUUAAAAUGAAUCAUAGAGUGGUUGAUAUCACUAUACCUAGAAAUGGUGUACCAUUAAUUAUAAGAAAUUGUAUUGUUAAAGAAUUUAUUCAGAGAGAUGAUGCAGAUUAUGUAAAUCUUUUUAUAGAAGUAGGUGAUGAUAUUGAAAAUAGAGAAUUUCCAGUAGAUUAUAUUUCAGCAGUAUAUGAUUUUAGGGCUAAGGUUGAAAAGAAAAUGUUUAAUAGAGACUUUUCAUUAAUUACGUUUAACUCAAAUCAGGAUUCUAAAAUAGAAGAAAUAGAUAAAAAGAUAGUUAAUUUGUUGAGACGUUCAGGUAUUAAAGUAAACAGUGUUAAUGAUAUAUUUAAGAAGUGUUUAAUUUGUAAUAAUGAAACAAAGAAUUGUUUGUUACUGAAUUCGUCUACUAAAGUAUGUAAUUUAUCAGAAUUUAUCUAUGAAUAUACACAAUGUAUUGAUAAAGUAAAGCAAAAAGAUAAGUUAAAUAAUAUAGUUAGUUUAAAUAUAUUUGAAUUGAAGAAACAAAUAUAUGAGAACAAAUUAAAUAGAUUAGAAGAACUAAAAGAAGUAUAUCAUAUGGAAGAAUGUAAAAAAAUGAUAAAUGUACUUAGAAAAUUAGGACAUUUAGAUGGAAAUAUUUGUACAUUGAAGGGUAAAAUGGCAUCAGAAAUAUCAUCAGCAGAUGAAGUGUUGUUAACAGAAGUGAUAUUUUCUAGUAAUUUUAAUGAAUUAUCACUAAUAGACAUGAUAGCAUUACUGAGUAUUCCAAUAACAGAGAGGUGUAGAGAGGCUGAAGAUUAUCCAGUAAGUCAAGAAAAUCAAAUAUUAAUUGAUACGAUAUUCCAUCCAUGUAUUAAAUAA